AUGCUAGUUGACUCAACAGAACGGCAGCGUCCGCGGCCGCUCCAUGGUAGCAGUGGACUUGUCGUUGCUGCUCCCGCCGCUCCCCGGCCGCCGAAGCGCAAGCACCCCGGCAGCGGUCGUGCCGCUCCCGAGGCCGGCCGACAUCACACCGACCAAGCCGCGGAGCCGCGCGUCAUCAACCAGCCGCCGACGGAAGUCCUGGCCGUUCUGGUGUUUGGGAACGGUGAUGCGGGCGAGCUGGGUCUCGGCCCUGCCGUCCAGGAGGCUGCUCGUCCGCGCCUGAACCCGUAUCUCAACCCCGACGAUCCUUCCGCUCUCCGAGUCGUCCAGAUCGCCUGCGGAGGGAUGCAUACAGUCGCGCUCACCGAGGACAACAGGAUCGUCACGUGGGGCGUGAACGACAACGGCGCUCUCGGCAGAGAGACGGCCUGGGUUGGGGCUUUGCGCGACGUCGACGGGGAUCCCGAGGAGGAUGGCGAGCUGAACCCCCUCGAGGCAACACCAAGCCCGAUCCCGUCAAGUGCUUUCCCGCCUGGACUCAGAUUUACCCAGGUGGCAGCGGGCGAUAGCUGUAGCUUUGCGCUGACAGCUACAGGAGAUGUAUAUGGCUGGGGGACGUUCAAGGACCCCCAAGGGAACGAGAGGUUUGGAUACGAUGUUCGUGGACAGGUUGUCGAUAGGCAAUCUACGCCAGCUCCAGUCCCCGGCUUGAGCAGGAUCACUCAGAUUGCAUGCGGGGCCAACCAUGCAUUAGCCCUCGACGUGGACGGUGUCGUCUGGUCCUGGGGGUGCAACGAACAGGCACAACUCGGCCGCCGCCUAUCUGGGCGGCACGCCACUGACUCGCUCACCCCUGGGCCGGUCCAGAUUCGUGACGUCAAGUACGUCGCUUGCGGGGAUUAUCACUCUUUGGCGAUUGACAAGAAGGACCAAGUAUGGGCCUGGGGCCUCAACAGUUUCGGCGAAGCCGGCUACGCCAAGGGGGCCGGCACCGGUGACGUGGUCUUGCCUUUCCCGAUGAAGGUGCCCGCUCUCCGUGGCAAGAGCGUCGUGUGUCUUGCCGGCGGCUCCCACCACUCCGCCGCGGUGACUGCCGACGGGCAGUGCCUCGUCUGGGGUCGGUUGGACGGCGGCCAGCUCGGCAUCGCCUUCAGCCCUGACACACUGCGGGACGCCAAGCGGAUCCGCAGUGACGAGCGUGGCAAGCCGCGGAUCUGUCUUCAGCCCACCCCGGUGCCCGGCAUCGGGCGGGUGUACCAUGUGGCCUGCGGCAGCGACCACACUAUCUUCAUCACCAGAGAAGGCACAGCGUAUGCCACCGGUUUCAACGCCCAAGGCCAGCUGGGACUUGGCCACGAAGACGAUGUGGAAGUAGCUCAGCUUAUCAAGGGGAAAGCGCUGCAGGGCAGAAUGCUUGUCUGGGCUGGCGCCGGUGGACAGUUCUCGGUGAUUGCGGCGCGUCGCAACGCUAAGCCCGACGCCGUUUGCUAA